AUGAUAGUCAAACAUUACUCAAUCAAAAUCAACAAUCUAAUUGAGAAUGGCAAGGUCCAUUAUUAAAUCAUAGUAACCAGCUUCACCAACCCUGCAGAUACUAAAACAACUAUGAACAGAUAUUCAGAACUUAAAGACUUUCAUGAAUAAUUGAUUAAAAACAUCAACCUACUUAAACUCUAGUUAUAAUUGCCUGAAUUCCCAAAAAGGUCUCUCUUCUCCAAAACCAACAAGAAUCAAGAAAAGAUUAUACAAAGACAACAAGAAUUAGAACUCUAUUUCAAUCAACUUUUCAGCAUCGAUAAAAUUCUAAGCUUAGCACCUGUCCAAUUGUAUUUGCCCAUCGAAACACCUUUAAAUUAAUAAAUGAAAAUCAAUGUCUCAAUUGAAAGCUACACCGUUUAUGAUGAUGUCGUAAUCUACUCUAUGCGAUUUAAAAAUAGAAUCACAAAAGAAGAGUGGAUCUACAAGUAGAGAUACUCAGAAAUCAAGAAUAUUCACGAUGCAUUGGUUGAGUAGGGAUAUAAGGGCAAAUUACCUCCAUUUCCCACUCGCAAGCUUUUUGGUUAAACUAAUGAAAAUCCAGAGACUAUCGAAAAAAGAAGAGAAGAUCUAGAGGUCUAUCUUAAUGCUAUUUUUAGCACCCAAGAAAUCUACGACAAUGAGAUAAUCUAAUUUUUGAUUGCUGAUUCCAAAAAGUAUUUUGAAACCAAUAAAAAAUUGGAGGAAUAGAAAAAAAAUACAACUCAUCAAGUUACAUCUAUUCUACAUUUUGUAUAUUUAAUUUUUAUAAAUCAAUUUUAACUACUUAUGUAAGCAAGCAGCAGUGUUCAUUCAACCAAUCUUGAUAAAUAACCUAAAUACUCGCAAUUUGUAAAUGCCUAACUUUUUAGUGGCUAUCGAGUUCGUGGGAAGGAUCACUCUAAACAUUCCUUUAAUUAAUAACUGAGUCCAACAAAUGAUUAAAAAAUAGCAAACAAUUUAUCAGCGUCUCAAAGUUAUGUGAAUGCAAUGAAAGCAUUACAAGACAAGAUUAAAUACUUAGAAACAGAAAACUAAAAUCUACAAUCCCUAAUUGUAUAUCCAUUCAAUUACUAUUCACAGAGUUCUGGGGGAUUAAUUAAAUCAUUCGAGGUUAAACAAAGACAUGUAAGCGCUCAUUAAAAACCCAAUGAAAAUCAGUAAAUAAGAGAUGUGGAAUUAAAACUGGCUUAGGUGGAAGUUGAAAAAUAAUAAAUCAUAGAAGAGAGCGAAUAAAAAAUAUAAUAAUUGCAAGACAAUCUAAUGAACAUAGCUCAAUAAUCUGAUUAAAGAUAUAGAGAAUAAUUGGAAUAGAUACAACAAUUAUAGGAUUAAUUGGAAUUGCAAGGAGAAAACAACUAAAACUACAGGAUUAAAAUUAACUCGUAAACUCAAGCAAUUCAAUAAGAAAAAUUAAACAACAAUAACCUUGAAUUUAUUUUGGAUUAGGAAAAGAGGGAGACCAAAUUCUUAAUUGAAAAGAAUGAACAAUUGUAAGAGGAAAUGAGUAAAUUAAAAGAACAAUUCCUUGAGAUACGAACUUAUAUGAAUUGGUAUACAAAGUAAUAUGAUGAGAAGAAAUUUCAAAAAUUGCAGGAAGAAACUAUGAAAUAAAAAAAUUAGAUUCACGAAUUAACUAGUUAAGUGGAAUAGUAUAAGGAAUUAAAUUUAAAGUUACAAUUUGGUUUAGAUCAUAAAACACAAGAAUUGGAGAAAUCAGAAUUGAAGAGAGUUUAGAAAUUGUCAGAGUCUAAUAUCAAAAUUGAUUAACUGAAGCAAUAAUUAAAUAAUUUGUCUUCCAAUUCCAUAAUGCAUACUUAAAGUCCAAGAGAGACAUUUAAGAAAUGCAAAUAAAGUGCAGAGAUUGUUAAAAAAACAUAAAAUUUAAGGAACUAUAGAUAGCAGAAUAAUGAUAGCAAAUAACAAUUACUUGAAUAACCUUGCAAUUCAAUGUUUAAUAGUCCGUAAGAAUCAUAUAAAAUACAAUAAAAUGACUCUUAAAGCAGUGUUUUCAGCAGAUUGAUAGUAAAGACUCAAGAAGAGAACUUUCUCACUCAAUAGAAGAGUGAAGAUAGGAAUAAUAUUGGAAAUCUUAUCGAUGAAUAAAUUCAAACUAUUUAAUUAAGUGCAAAUAAAUAAGAGAAAUAUCUCCAAAUUUAACCUAGAAUCUAAGAACUGAAUGAUUAAUUGAAGAUUCUAAAUUAAAAAUAUGAAGAAAUUGAAAGUGCGAUUUCAUAAUUGACUGAUUUGAAAAUCAAAAGAGAAAAAAGACAACUUUUGCUUCAAAUAAUAGAUAAAAUACAAGACAUAAAUAAAGAAUUAAAUACUCUUGUAGCUAAACAAAAAGCUAGUUAGCAAUUUUGA